GGUCAUUCGAACAACUGGAUACUUGCUGUUUGCCUUGCACAUUAAUGCAUGCCUGUAUUAUUGGGCUUCAGACUAUGAAGGAAUUGGCAGCACUAGAUGGGUGUACGACGGCAACGGAAACAUGUACCUGAGGUGUUACUACUGGGCAGUUCGUACUUUAAUCACCAUCGGUGGCCUUCCAGAACCACAAACUCUGUUUGAGAUAAUUUUUCAACUGCUGAAUUUUUUCUCGGGUGUCUUUGUCUUCUCCAGCCUAAUUGGUCAGAUGAGAGACGUAAUUGGAGCAGCUACAGCAGGACAGAACUACUAUCGUUCCUGCAUGGACAACACUGUCUCUUACAUGAACACUUAUUCUAUUCCAAAAAUGGUCCAAAAUCGUGUUCGAACCUGGUAUGAAUACACAUGGGACUCUCAAGGAAUGUUGGAUGAAUCGGAAUUACUGGAGCAGAUGCCAACCAAAAUGCAAUUAGCCAUUGCAAUUGAUGUGAACUUUGCCAUUGUCAAUAAAGUUGACUUAUUCAAAGGGUGCGAUACCCAGAUGAUAUAUGACAUGCUGCUAAGGUUGAAAUCCAUUGUGUAUUUACCUGGUGACUUUGUCUGCAAAAAGGGAGAGAUUGGCAGAGAGAUGUACAUCAUCAAACAGGGGGAAGUUCAAGUCCUUGGAGGCCCUGACGGUACAAAAGUUCUGGUUACACUCAGAGCAGGAGCUGUAUUUGGAGAGAUCAGCCUAUUAGCUGCAGGUGGAGGAAAUCGAAGGACUGCCAAUGUGGUGGCUCAUGGUUUUGCCAAUCUUUUCAUUCUGGACAAGAAAACACUCAAUGAAAUCUUGGUGCACUAUCCUGACUCAGAAAAACUUCUCAUGAAGAAAGCAAAGGUGCUGCUGAAGGAGAAGGGGAAACCUCCUCCAGGACCACCAGUGCAACAACCACGGGGUUUGGCCAGUCUGUUUGGGCAGAAACAGGAAACUCCAAAAUUGUUUAAAGCAAUGCUUGGAGGUAAAGGAAGAGAAGGCCUUGCUAAGCUGCUGCAGCUGAAAAGAGAACAAAGCAUUCAGCAACCUAAAACUGAGGCAGAGAGUAAGCCUGAAGAGGAGAAGAAGCCCGUGGAGCCCGCGCCCUCAGCUGCACCCCCUGCUCAAAAAGAAGAGCCGAAUGCAGAUGCUAAGCCUAAACCCCGUGCAGUUAUGCACAGAGGAACCACUAACGAGUCUCUGAUCAUUAGUAUGUCUCCGUCUCCCAGAGCAGAAGAAGGAGAGAUCCUUAAGGUUGAAAUUAAAGAGAAAAAAGACAAAUAG